AUGACAAGCUUGGUCUCGUUUAUCGUGCUGACGGCCAGUAUGGGCGUCGGCACCCUCGUCUGCGGCCUCAUCCCGCUCUCGCUGCCUCUUUCGCGCAGGGCUCUCCGGAUACUCGAGGUGUUCAGCGCCGGCCUACUCAUUGGCGCGGCCGUCACCGUCGUCGUGCCGGAAGGCGCCAAGACGCUCUUCAAUUCCGACAAAAAGGCGGCCAGCGCAUCACGCUCUUUGGUCUUUCCGAAGGACGGCCUACCGAUCCACGCCGAGACCGCUCCGGUCGCGGUUCUGGACCGUGUUGCUGCGUCCAGCGACGUCUCCGACUGGGCUUGGAGCUUCGUCAGUAAGCGGCAGGCCACUGACGAGCCCCACGGGCACGAACACGAAGGCAGCGAAGGCAGCGGAGAUCACCAUCACCACGACGACCACCAUCAGAGCGCAGGCGCGGAUUCGUCAGAGCACCUCCUCGGCACCAGUAUCAUCUGUGGCUUCCUCCUCAUGUUCGUCAUCGACCAGGCCGCCGCGAGCGCUCCGGCCCAUCACGACCACGAGCACACGCUCCAUUCCCACGCCCAAACGCCCGCGCCGACCCCAUCAAGGCGACCCGAGGCACAUCGACUCUCACGCUCUUUCCAGCAGCGGAGGCUCCAGCUGUUUGCGCAGGUCGCCGAGGAGCAAGCAGCCGGCCCCAAUCGAGCCGCAGUCACUCUGGACGACAACGCCGAGCCGCGGCGGCAAGAUCAUCACGACGAUUGGCCUCCGCACCGGGCCCAUGGCCGCGACAGCCGCUCCAGCAGCAGCGACUUGGAUUACCUGCCCGACGACUACGACGACGAUCGCCACGUUGGGAGCCCUACCGCAGUAUCAUCAAAGUUCGACGAACGCGGUUGGUCAGCAGCGUCGCCAACGCCUGCUGGAGCGUCGCUUGUGCGGGCGGACUCAUCGGCGCCGCUCCUGUCCCCUGCCCCGCCAAAGAGACGGCGCGGAUCGCACGCAAGUGCGCACUCGGCGCGCUCCUCGCCAAGCACCUCUUCGGCCGCUGUGCCCCGCGACUCGUUCCGGCAGAUGUUGACGACCCUCGUCGGCCUGUUGAUCCACGCUUUCGCCGAUGGCAUCGCCAUGGGCGCCAGCGCCGGCAGCGGCGACAGCUCGCUGACGCUCAUCGUCUUCUUCGCCAUCAUGGUGCACAAGGCGCCGGCGUCGUUUGGGCUCUGCACGCUCCUCAUCUCGCAGAGGCUGAGCCGCGCCGACAUCCGCAAGGGCGUCGCCCUCUUCAGCCUGGCGGCGCCGCUGGGCGCAGUGACGACGUACGUCCUCAUCUCGCUCCUCUUUGGCGGCUCGACGGGCGGCGGCAUCGACUCGAAGCACAUUGGGAUAGCGCUGCUCUUCUCGGGCGGCACUUUUCUCUUUGUCGCCAUGCACGCCGUCCUCGAGCUCGCCGGUCCCGAUGCCGAUCUCGAGCCGGUGAGCGAUGGCACGGGCGACACCGAGGCGCAGCGCAACGGCACCGACGAUGCGGUGGUGGAGCGAGAGGUGCUGGGCAAACUGGUGCGCAUGGGCCUCGUGAUUCUCGGAGCGUGGACGCCGAGGCUCCUGCAAAAGGUGGCAGCUGGACUGGGCGGCGGACAUCAUCACUAG